AUGCACGGUUUGGUUCUGGGAACCGCCAUUCGCCGCAGCACCUGGAAAAGGAUCCCUACUUUGUCGCCGGCGGAGUCUCACGCAGUCAAAUUCGUCUUCAAUAUAGACGGAUUUGACGGAAAUGAAGAGGUCGUGCUCGUCGUUUUUCACGACAAUGGCAACAAUGCCAACCAGCUCGAUCAAAACCCGAGAUCGUUUUUCUUGGCCGGAAAUCCGACAAGAGGACAACACCAAGAACAGUACAAGCAGAGAGGACAAGGCCGGCCACAUCAGCAGCUGAGAAAUGUUUUCAGGGGUUUCGAUACAGAGACUAUUGCGGAGGUUUUCAAGGUGGACGAGGAGACUGCAAGGAAGCUUCAGGGGCAAAACGAGGAGAGGAGCCAUAUUGUGACGGUUGAUGAGGGACUUCAGGUGAUUAGGCCGCCGUCGGAGUACAGCCGCCGUGAAAGGGAGGAGGAGGAGAGGUAA